ACAGAGCAGCCAUGUCUCACCGGCAACAGAUCUGAACACAGAGAGGGUUUAUGCUUGGAUUACCACUGCUACACACACACACUGACACACACACACGCACGCACGCACGCACGCACGCACGCACGCACGCACGCACGCACGCACGCACGCACGCACACACACACACACACACACACACACACACACACACACACACACACACACACACACACACACACUCUGAAGGAGUCUGUGCUGCUGAGUAACUGGGUCUGGUGUGUGUGUGUCCUGGUGCAUCGGUGUGUGUACCAGUGUGUGUAGCGCGGUCUGUGUCGGAGGACGGUGGUAUGGCGCGCUGGGAGAGCCGGUCGUGGAGUUGGUCGUUAAUGAUGUCUCUCCUCCUCUCUCUGUCUGCUCAAGGAGACCUCUCAUUGACCACCGUCAGCAGGACGGAAGUCCAGCACAGCCAAUCAUCUUUCUCCGCUGUAGAAAGGGCGGUCCUUAUCGGUGAUGACUCAGCAGAGCUGAUUGGUUUAGGGUUAGGACUAGCGGCUGGACUUCCUCUCAGCGCCAUCAAACGCAAACCCUCUCACAGAAGACACCCCCACUUGGACUUCACUGAACAGGACGGUCAGCCAAUCAGAGAAGAGCUAACUGGCGGGGAAUAUCAGGAACACUCAGAUGAUAUCAUCAAGGUGGAGUUCCAUAACCCCGACCGCCCCUUGACCCCUGACCUCUCGUCUGAUUCUGAUUGGCUGACGGCUGUAGUUCAGCCCCUGCAGCAGCGGGCGGGAGACCCCACAGCCUGGACUCUGUCAGAUUUCUACGACUACUUGUCCCCCGAUGACGAACUCUCCACCAUAGACACAACCCUUGACCCUGAUCCGACCCUGACCCCUCUGGCAGACAUGGAGGAUGAAAACCCAUCGCUCACUGGCUCCCCUGUCCCCAAUGUUACCCCUGACAAUGAUGAUCCCCAGCCACCCUCUCAGUCUCAAUCCCCCCCUCCUCCUUUCCCUCCUCAGGGGUCAGAUGGGUGUGGUCUGGGCUUUGUGAGGUCAGAAGUCGGGGGUGAGUGUGUGUCUCAGUGUGACGCACAGCCUGACUUCUGCUACAACAGAGGAGUUUGUACCAUCGCUACUGGAAUGGGAGCAUUCUGCAGAUGUAAUGUUCAGGACUAUAUGUGGAACAAGGGCUCUCGUUGUGAUUGGGUGGUGACAGACUUCCAGGUGCUGUGUGUGGUAGUGGGUGUGGCCUCUACGACCCUCAUCCUACUCAUCAUCAUCAUCGUCUUCUUCGCCAAACGACUCCACCGCCUGAGGAUUGAGAACAGGCGACUCCGCAAACGCAGUAUAUACCGUCCACACAGCGAGAUGCAGACUGAUGGCUUCUCUGUUUCCACGGCACAAGAUGGUUCCCAUGCCAACGUAAGGAAGUUGUGUGACUCCCCCCCGCACCCCCUUCAACCCCACGCUCACAAUCUGGCUUACUAUGACAACAUUAUCUGUCAGGAUGACCCUCAGAAAAUGGAGGACCCUGUAAAGUCUCAAUUCACUCAAGGGGAGGAGUCUCUGAACAUCGCCAACUCUCAUUCGCCCAAACAUAUUAACAACUGCCCUGCACACUCCUCUGACCACACCCCUAACGCAGACCAGGAGCAGGAUGGAGUCACCAUUGGUCUACAGUUGCUCCUCCCUAAAGAGGCUAAGCUCCGCCCCGAGGCCAGCCCUCCUCUGCACUACAACGUCUUCCUCUACAAGAAGGGGACUAGUCCCUCUACUACUACCAGUAAUCCUACCACCACUAACUACACCAACCACAGCAUGGCUACUGCUUGGAACCACUCUGAGCCUAACAUACAGCCCAAUAGUAACUCCAAUAAGACUUCCUGGAACUAUACCAAUAACUCUAACCCUAACAUGAACUAUAACCCCAUUAAAGACUCACAGGUCUCUCAGAAUCGCGUUACUCCUCAUCAUCAAUCUCACACCUCCCCCCAUCGCCACUCCUACCCCUCCUCCCCCCAUUACAGCUCCCUCCAUUUUACCUCUCCUCAGAGAACACCUGUCUCCCCUCAUCAUGCUUCACACCAUUACCAGUCCUCCCCCUCCUAACCCCAUCAUAGCGCCUUCCAUUAUCCUUCCACCUACCACCAUAGUGCUGCCUCCCCCCAUCACCUGCCCUACCAGCCCUCUUCUCCUCCGCUUCCUACACCCAGGGGUCACUCCAGAGCCCCCACUCAGACAAACCUCACCCCCAAGUCACUCUACAUCCCUCCCCCUCCUCACCCAUCCUCUGCUAUCCCUCCCCACCAUCCUCCCCCCACCUAUCAGCACCUACUCACUGUCUUAAUCCUAACCUCGGAACACAACCAUACCAUACCCACAUCCCAACCAUAGUCUAACUAUACCGCAAACAGCUAACCCUGACUACAUCCCAACCAUAGUCUAACUAUACCGCAAACAGCUAACCCUGACUACAUCCCAACCAUAGUCUAACUAUACCGUAAACAGCUAACCCUGACUACAUCCCAACCAUAGUCUAACUAUACCGCAAACAGCUAACCCUGACUACAUCCCAACCAUAGUCUAACCAUACCCUAGACCUGACUACAUCCCAACCACAGUCUAACUAUACCGUAAACAGCUAACCCUGACUACAUCCCAAUCAUAGUCUAACCAUACCCUAGACCUGAUUACAUCCCAACCAUAGUCUAACUAUACAGUAAACAGCUAACCCUGACUACAUCCCAACCAUAGUCUAACUAUACCGUAAACAGCUAACCCUGACUACAUCCCAACCAUAGUCUAACUAUACCGUAAACAGCUAACCCUGACUACAUCCCAACCAUAGUCUAACUAUACCGUAAACAGCUAACCCUGACUACAUCCCAACCAUAGUCUAACUAUACAGUAAACAGCUAACCCUGACUACAUCCCAACCAUAGUCUAACUAUACCGUAAACAGCUAACCCUGACUACAUCCCAACCAUAGUCUAACUAUACCGUAAACAGCUAACCCUGACUACAUCCCAACCAUAGUCUAACUAUACAGUAAACAGCUAACCCUGACUACAUCCCAACCAUAGUCUAACUAUACCGUAAACAGCUAACCCUGACUACAUCCCAACCAUAGUCUAACUAUACAGUAAACAGCUAACCCUGACUACAUCCCAAUCAUAGUCUAACUAUACCGUAAACAGCUAACCCUGACUACAUCCCAACCAUAGUCUAACUAUACAGUAAACAGCUAACCCUGACUACAUCCCAACCAUAGUCUAACUAUACCGUAAACAGCUAACCCUGACUACAUCCCAAUCAUAGUCUAACUAUACCGUAAACAGCUAACCCUGACUACAUCCCAAUCAUAGUCUAACUAUACCGUAAACAGCUAACCCUGACUACAUCCCAACCAUAGUCUAAGUAUACCGUAAACAGCUAACCCUGACUACAUCCCAAUCAUAGUCUAACUAUACCGUAAACAGCUAACCCUGACUACAUCCCAACCAUAGUCUAACUAUACCGUAAACAGCCAACCCUGACUACAUCCCAACCAUAGUCUAACUAUACCCUAGACCUGACUACAUCCCAACCACAGUCUAACUAUACCGUAAACAGCUAACCCUGACUACAUCCCAACCACAGUCUAACUAUACCAUAAACAGCUAACCCUGACUACAUCCCAAUCAUAGUCUAACCAUACCCUAGACCUGACUACAUCCCAACCAUAGUCUAACUAUACCGUAAACAGCUAACCCUGACUACAUCCCAACCAUAGUCUAACUAUACCGACUACAUCCCAACCAUAGUCUAACCAUACCCUAGACCUGACUACAUCCCAACCAUAGUCUAACCAUACCCUAGACCUGACUACAUCCCAACCAUAGUCUAACUAUACCCUAGACCUGACUACCUCCCAAUCAUAGACUAACCACACCCUAGACCUGACCACAUCAAUGACACCCAGACCAAAAUCAGGACCCCACAUCCAGGGGACACUAUCUCCUAACGAUGGUGCCAAUACAAGAGCAAUCUAUCUAUGCAUCAGUGUGGUGCUACUAAGGUACUUAUUCAGGUUUAUUCAUGUCUUGUUAACUGUUUAUGGAGCGUUAUUAACAUGUUACUAGGCUUACCAAUGUUGUAUUACAGCAAUGUUCCUGUUUUAAAAACCGUUUAUUCUUUGUGUACAUGUUUUUUUGAUAACUUAUUUUGGUCUAAAAUAAAGUGCUUUACA